UAUUAACAACAUCAAUCCCCCAAAACCCAACGAUGGGAAGAAGAGCAAAAAUGGCUUCUUCUCUCACCGUCACCGCCGCCUUGGUGGUGGCAGUGCUUUCCAUCUGCCUGCCGGCGAUAGCCAAUGCCGAUAACUACCACUACACUUCUCCUCCUCCUCCCUACCACUACUCUUCCCCACCGCCCCCAGUGCACUCCCCACCUCCUCCGUACCACUACUCGUCUCCACCUCCACCAGUCCACUCUCCACCACCUCCAUACCACUACUCAUCUCCACCUCCACCACCACAUGUGUACAAAUACAAAUCCCCACCACCACCAAAGCACCCGUAUGUUUACAAGUCCCCUCCUCCACCACCACCAGUGUACAAAUACAAAUCACCCCCACCGCCAACACCAGUGUACAAGUACAAGUCUCCACCGCCACCAAAGCACCCAUACGUGUACAAGUCUCCUCCUCCACCAACUCCAGUCUACAAGUACAAGUCACCACCACCACCAAAACACCCAUACGUCUACAAGUCACCACCCCCACCACCUAAGCACCCAUACGUCUACAAGUCCCCGCCACCACCACCCAAGCACCACUACGUCUACAAGUCUCCCCCUCCCCCAACCCCAGUGUACAAGUACAAAUCUCCUCCACCACCACCCAAGCACCACUACAUCUACAAGUCUCCUCCUCCUCCAACUCCAGUCUACAAGUACAAAUCUCCACCACCACCGCCUAAGCACCACUACGUCUACAAGUCUCCUCCUCCCCCAACCCCAGUCUACAAGUACAAAUCACCACCACCACCGCCCAAGCACCACUACAUCUACAAGUCUCCUCCUCCUCCAACCCCAGUCUACAAGUACAAAUCACCACCACCACCCAAGCACCACUACAUCUACAAGUCUCCCCCUCCUCCAACUCCAGUCUACAAGUACAAAUCUCCACCACCACCGCCCAAGCACCACUACGUCUACAAGUCUCCCCCUCCUCCAACUCCAGUCUACAAGUACAAAUCACCACCACCACCACCCAAGCACCACUACGUCUACAAGUCUCCUCCUCCCCCAACCCCAGUCUACAAAUACAAGUCUCCCCCACCACCGCCUAAGCACCACUACGUGUACAAGUCUCCUCCUCCCCCAACCCCGGUCUACAAGUACAAAUCUCCACCACCACCACCCACUCCAGUCUACAAAUACAAGUCUCCACCUCCCCCACCGGUGCACAAGCCAUACUACUACUCUUCCCCACCUCCCCCUCACCACUACUGAUCAACGAAUUUUCCACUAAAUGAGAAUGUCUGAAAUAAGAAAAAAGUGGCUGUGGGCUGAAAGAGAAGGAUCCAUGCAAGGAGAGAGGGAAAAUGAAGAUUAUAUUAUUACAAUAAGCCAAAUCCAGACGCUCUUCUCAUAAUUUGUUUAGUGUGUUUUGUUUAAUAUUCUGUUUACUUUUCCCAUCUUUCUGUAAUUUCACAUAUUCUAUAUUAUAUUCUCCUCGCACAAUGCAAAGCUUUGUUCAAUCCAAUAAAAGAUGUUCCUUUUCUACCUUUUCAA